AUGAAUCCAACGAUAAUGAAUAAUUUAUAUGAAUUAUGUGAAUACUUUAUUGGAAUUGUUGAACCAAUAAGAAAUGAUUAUAUUCAUUUAAAAAGAAUUCAAUUUGAAGAUUUAUCAAAUUAUACUUGUCAAUUAGAUUCUAUUGCUCUAUUUAUUGGAUUUACCAUGUGUCAUUUUCAUAUUAAAAGAAAAGCACUCAUUGAUCCUUAUGUGAGUCUAUUUACAUCAUUACCUUAUUUGAAAAAAGUAAAAGAAACAUUACUUUUACCAUAUAAUUUAACACAAUUAGUACAAGAACAUCAUAUUCCUAUUCGAUCUCAUCGAGUUUUAAAACAAUUAGAAUCUUAUAAGAAUAACAAGUUUAUUUAUGAAUUUUAUCAAGCAACUUAUGGAUAUUCCAUCAUGAUGGAUAUCAUUCGAGUGACAGAAUUUGAAUUAAUGGAUGAAGAUUUUUUAAAUGGAAUUUUAUUUUCAUUGAAAUUGUGUCCAUGGAUGGAUUCAAAUGUUGAAGAGGGUGGUCAUGGUGGUCAUCAUGAUUCUCGUGGAAAUACUCACAAUAGUCAUGGUGAUCAAUCUCAUGCAAAAACAGGUUGUAAAGAAUUUCAUGUAUGGAUUGAUUUGAGAAGAGUGAAGAAUGAAAAGUUAUUAUUAGAGAAUUUGAAAUGUCUAUUAUCACAUUUAAAUGAUUCAUCUACUCCUCGAUUAUUAUAUCUAGAUAUUAAUUAUUAUGAAAGUGAAGAACAAUUAUAUCAAUAUAUUCAAGUAUUGAAUCAUUCAUUCACUCGUUGUUGUAGAAAACGACAUUGGAAUCAUGUCAUUCUUUCAUACUACUAUAGCACUACUGACACUCUCUCAAAUAGUACUAUUACUACCACUACUAUUAGUACUACUAUUAGCACUACUACUACCACUACUACCACUUUGGAUCGGAAACAAACUCUCUCUCGACAUGUUGAUUCAUCCAAGAGAGAAGUGAUGAAUAUUCCUUCAGAUUCACAACAGAACUCUCAUUUUUCAUUCACUCAUCAUAUUCAUCAUUUAACUCUAUUAGAUAAGAAUAAUUAUAAUAUUUUAAAUAGAAUCAUUUACAAGAAUACAUGUCCAUAUUCUUCAAGCAAACUCUAUCACUUGACCAUCUCUAAUAUUGAUCAUUUACAUUUAUUUUUAAAUAAUCAUUUAAAUAUUAAGAGAAUUGAUUUCUUUUCUCAAAAUGGACCAUAUUCUGAUAAUUUUAAUGAUACUAAUUUAUUGAAAUCAUCAUUUGAGAAAUUAAUGAGACUUUCUACCAUUUAUAUUGAUGAUCGAAAUGAAACAUUAGGGUAUUCUAUUUUAGGAAAUAUUGGUAUUUAUGUAAAUAAUGUGAUAUUUAAAUAUAGUAGAAAUGGAUAUACACUUUCAUCACUCAUUGAGUGUGUUAAAAGAUAUUCAAGAAGAUUAACUAAAUUAACAUUGAUUGAUAACACUACUCCAACCACAGAUUUACCAUUACUCUCUAAAUUAAUAUCUUCUUAUUUAUUUGAUAAUAUGAUUGAACAGUUAAUUAUUUAUACAAAAUCAAUUUCAUUGUUAAGUGAAAUGUCAAAUAGUAUUCAACAAGUAUUCUCUGCCAAUGAAUUGGAAUUGAAAUAUUUGCAAAUUAAUAGAAAAUCUCAAUCGGUAGAUUUUGUAAUAUUUUUGGGAAGAAUGAAUGGAGUGAACCAUCACAUGUUGUCUGGUGGUCAUAGCGCCGCAACAACAACAACAGCGAGUGGUAGUACUGGUGGUAUUCAUACACUUGGGGGUAAUGUUCAUCAUCAUCACUACUCUACCACAACAGGUACUUCCAUAACACCUCCUACUACAUCCAUGACGAGUAUUUCAAUCAUCCAUACAAUACCCAUUUCAGGUGAAUAUGAAAUUAUUGAAGAAUUAAUGAUUGAGAAACGUCAUGACAUUGAUGCAGUCAUGAAUAAUGUUUGUUUGUUUGGAUCCAAUGUAGUGUUGAUGAAUGGUAGUCAAAAUAGCAGUGAAGGAAAUGUCAAUGCACCACUUGCAGCGAAUCGAUGUACCUACAAUCACUACACCUUGUAUCGAUUCUUGAAUGCGUUGUCUCUGUCCAAUUCACUCACAUUGACACGACCAUUUCUUGCUCAACUCAUGGUCAUCAAGUAA